AUGGGGAUGUCGAUGACUCGGAAGAAAACGUUUGCAACGCUUGAGUUGAGCCCAAUCGCGGUUGAGCCUCGAGAGGGCGUUGGAGGGCACUCAGGCGCAGUUAAGGAGCGAGGAGGUGGGAUAGGCCUGUACAAAGGCAUCUUACGUGCAGUGGAAGGCCUCUCGACAUGCUCAUAUACCUCUGAAACGUUCUCAGAGUUACAAGGUAGGGUUCAGGCUGCCAUCGACCGCCUGAACCUGGAAGGAUACGCGAACCUCGGACACUGGGUUACCGAGCUGGACAGGCGGAUUGAGGGUAUGUUUCUUCAGAGACUGACCCAUAUCAUCCAGGUGUGGUGUGCCGAGUUCGAUAGGGUUGAGAUACUCGACGAGAUCUUCUACUUGUUAGGGAUGUUGCGAGUACAUACUGUAAGAGGAGGGGGAAUAAGCGGAUGA